AACAUUUUGGCGCGAAAUUUGUAAGGACGACGUUUUCUGUCACAUAGAAAGUUUUUCCUCACGAUUAAUUUGAGAACGUAGAAGUUUGUGACUAGAAUGGCCAGCCCAGCUGCUAAAAGGAUGACCUUCAGUUCGGAAGUUUUGUUUGCAGGAGCUCUUCCAACAGGGUCCCCUUCACUGUAUGACUCCGAACCUUUGAUUUUACCUUCUGAUGUAUCUGGCUAUCAACUCCCAUCCCACUGGUACAAACAGCCAGACUUGUGUACAGAGGAAGAUUAUCAAAUGCUGUCCCAAUCAUCAAAACAGGAAGACAGGACAAACCAGAAACAGACAGAGAUGGAGGGAAACAAACAGGUUUCUCAGGCUGCAGAAGAAGAGGUACAGAUUCUUGAAGUUGAACUUGAAGAGAAGCCACAACAGAUCUGUGCUGAACACGAGGAGGAAAACUGCAGCCAAGGAGAGGUACCUCAGGAGUCAACAGGCAGCUGCCUGAACUAUCAGGACAUGCAGGUUGGUGGAUAUGAGGAUACAAACACUGUGCAAUGUGGGCUGACAAAUACAGACAACUAUUCUCAGGACUGUAGUAUAGAGGAUGAACAGCUGCUACCUGAAGCAGAGACCUUGAGACAGCUAGAUGGCGUACUCAGAGAACAGAUGAACGAAGAAAUUGAACAAUUCCGGUCCAACCUACACGGUCUUCUAACAGAUCACUACCUUCGGCACCGCUACUUCCUAAACAGUGGGAAUAUAUCUUCAGAUAUGCCUUAUGGACCACAGUCAACAGCCCCUAUGAAUGAUAGUUUGUGUAGCUCAGGGUCAGAAGCAUGUGCAACAUCUGAAUCACUGACUUCAGACAAUGAGAACAGAUAUGGCAUGGAUAUACCAGCCACAGUACCAGACAGAGGACAAGAAGAACAUAUGAAACAACAGUAUCUCAUUUCAAUGCUAACUUCAGCCAGUGUUAUCACCAAUGCAUUGAGGAAGAAGGAAUUCUCAGUUUGAAGAUCAAGAAUCAUAUUGACCAUUCCACACUUGAUGUUAUUUAUAUAUGAGGAUUUCAAGUUUAACAGUUCAUGUUAGAAUGUUUUAAGACAUUUAUUAAUAGAAUGAUGAAGAUAAGUAACUUUAUGAUACCCAUGAUCUUAUAGCUGAGCAUAUACUCUUUAGCAACUACAUUUCAAUUCUGUAAAGUCAACAUGUACAUGUAGAUAGAUAUAUAAUGGCAAUUUAUGUAUCUCUUAGACAUUGUCACUUGCUGAUAGAGAUCUACUGACCUGAGCCAUUUCCAGUUCUACCAAAGAAUGAAUACACCUGUCUUUCUGUUAUCAAGAACUUGUUUAAUCAUGACUUCAUAUAUUGGACAUUGUCACUUGCUUAUACCUCCAUUUUCAGUUCUGUCAUUUGUACAUGCCAAAAGAAUAAAUACGCCUGUCUCCCUGUUAUCAA